GUGACUGCGCUGGUAUGAAGGGGGAGGGUUUUGUUUCUGACGUGCUUCUUUGUAUCAAGCAGUCAAUCUUACCGGUUCAUCCAAGAUUCCUGCUUCAUCGCCUUUGCUGCUCGCUUCUUUAAAUCAUGAAGAUCUGGACCUCCGAGCACAUUUUCAACCAUCCUUGGGAGAUGGUGACUAAGGCUGCAAUGCAGAAGUAUCCCAAUCCCAUGAAUCCCAGUGUGGUUGGAGUGGAUGUUCUGGACCGAAGCGUUGACCAACAGGGACGCCUCCACAGUAAGAGGCUGCUCAACACAGAGUGGGGUCUACCAUCCAUUGUGAAAUCUCUUAUUGGAAACGUACGGACAUGCACUUACAUUCAGGAGAGCUCAAUUGUGGAUCCCAAAGAGAGAACUUUUGAACUUCAAUCCUCAAAUAUCACCUUCACAAACAUGGUGUCUGUGGAUGAAAGGUUAACCUACAAGCCGCAUCCUGAAGAUCCAGAAAAAACGAUACUGACUCAAGAAGCGAUCAUCUCAGUGAAAGGAGUCAGUCUCAGCAGUUACCUGGAAGGCGUCAUGGCCAACACCAUUUCCAAUAAUGCUGGAAAGGGCCGUGAAGCCUUGGAGUGGGUAAUCAGACGGCUGAAUGUAGAGAUUGAGGAGCUGGCAGCCACAGCGCGAGGGACCAUACUGACCCCGAUGGCUGCUGCAGUCACAGAGAAAUAACGCCUACCUCGUUAGUUUAGAGACUGAGAGAGACUGCACGUCGAGACCACCAGCCUCGCUCUAUGAUGAUCUGGUGCCGUUUUGGUGCUCUGCGUUUUCUAUGUUUAAAGGGUACUUUGUAAACUAUACUGUCUACAUUAGAUGUAUUUAAAGCAGCACUGCACUGGUGUGGGCAUCAGCUUGAGGAGCUUGCGGCACACUCAGGGACGAGUUUAAACACUACUGACAUUGGUGGCACCAGCUGAACCAGAAACAUAAGAAAAAGUGCCAAGCAGACAUUGCUUUUUGUCCAGCCGCUCCCACACACUCCUUUGCCAGAUGUGCUUUGAUAUUUUUGCAGCAGACCUCAGAAUGUCAUCAAGUUUUCUGGUUUCAACUUUCAACAGAGAUAAACGUAAGGAGACUUUUUUUUAUGUAUUAUUAAACUUCGGAGACUGUAAGUUCUUACAUUAAUCUGUGGUGGCAAGAAACUGCUUGUGAAAGCCAUGUUAAAAUGUCAAUGAAAGAUGGUUGGAGUAAAUGAGUAGGUCAAAGUUUCGCAGUCAGAAACAUUCUCAACACUUUCCUGUGGGACCGCAGCAAUACUGGGACUCUAUACUGGGCGGCAUGUGCAAGCCUGAUUCUAAACUGUAUUUAAUAACUUUUUGUUUUUAGUGUUGGUUUAAUGAAGGGAGCAAACCUGCCAUAUUUAUUUUUCUUGAGUUGAUGGGAAGACUUUCUAGUGCAAUGUCAGGGAAAAUCUUUGAUUAGUGUACUUUGAGAGGGUCUUCUGUCAUAAAACGGAUGCGCAAUUUUCUUAAAUGUUUUUUAACAGUUAUAGAAAUUAUUUAUUUAGUUUGUUCCUAGAAGAGAGUUGAAGAAUUUUUGACUAUUAAAUGUAAUUCAAUUUCUUUCUUUAAAAAAAAAAACCUCAUUUGUGUUCUUUGAUUGGGUGCCUGAACGAGUGGAGAAUAUGGCAAUAAAAUCAGGUGAGUUGUAAAACUUUA